AUGGAGUGUGUGUGUCUGAGGAGGUGGGCCUCAGGCUCUGCUGUCGUGUUCCUUCACACUUUGGCCUUAUCCUGGACAGGUGCGAUUGAGCCCGCCCCAAAAAUUGAUGGAUGGCACCGGGCAGCCGUGACACUGCAGGAGAACAGGACACAUCGGUUUAACUGCCAAGCGGACGGCUGGGAUCCUCAUGCUCCACCUUUGCUGACUUGGUACCUGAAUGGGGAGCAACAGGGAACGCUGUCACCCAACCAUGGAAGCCUGGUGAUGACAUCACAGGAAGAUUCAGUGCUCAUGAGACCAGGAACCCAUCACAACAGCACCUUCUCUCUGCAGGCCAGAAAGUGGGACAGGGAGCUGGUGUGUGUAGCAUCGAACCCCCGGACAGGAGAGAGCUACAAUGCCACAGUCACACUCAACGUCCAGUUUCAGCCAGAGAUCCUCAAGAUGAACGCCCACUACACUGAAACCUCAGACCCCGGCCUCUCCCUGAUCCUCUUUGCCUUGGUACGGUCCAACCCGCCUGCCACCAUCACCUUCAUUGACCAGUCUGGCCAUCUGGUGGCCAACACCUCCGACUUCUUCAUCCUGGACUCGCGAAGCUACCCUUGGCUGACCAAUCACACGCUGAAGGUGACACUCAGUAGCCUAUCAGGGAAUUUAUCACUGAACGCAAGCAACAGUGUCGGAGCGGUGCAGAACAACCUCACACUAGCAGAGUUCCUGCAGUCUCGUGUGGAGGUGCCCAUGCUGGGAAUAGUGACUGGGGGAGCCAUGGCUUUCAUGGCCCUCCUCAUCCUCAGUCUAAUCGUUCUCUGCCUCAUGCAAAAAAACAAAAGCAAGUCUAUUGACGCGCCAGUGGAGAUUCUGAUGACCAAGAAAAGUAUCUCUGCUAACCUGAAAGCAGAGAAGGGCGAUAAGACCUUCAUCCCGAGAGAGAACAUGUCUCUGCCUUCAAACAUGCAGCUCAACGACCUCAGCACUUUGAGAAAGGCCCGAGAGGCUGCCCAGCAAAACAGUGUGGGAGAAAAGAAGAAAGAGGAAGAGGAGGAGGAAGAUCUGUCUUUAGCCUACGCCGCCAGAGGUUUUGCCAGAUAUCCAAUGGUGGGCUACAUCUAUAAGGUCAACAGCACGAGCAGCGAGGAGGUCUGGCUCUGA